ACCAAUUUUGAAGAAAUCCGGGCAAACCAGAUUGACAUGGGCCUGGAGGGGAAUCCAUGGUAUCUGUUCAGUGAUGAGGAGGAGUGGGGACCUGCGGAGUGGCUGAUGAAGAGUGUUAACAAAACUGCUACAGAUGAAUUUCUCAAACUCGCCAUUACUAAAAAUUGCACUCAGCCUAGUUUUACGAGCACCUACACAUUUCAGAAGAGACUCAACAAACUUCCAAAAGGUGCUGGCUGGACCUGUGACAUCAUCACAUCAAUGGGUGAUCGAAGAGAUGGCAAUGAUGAGCUACUCACCGAAAAUCAUGAACUUUGGCACCGGGACCCUGUAGAGUGUGUGCACGAGCUGAUUGGGAACCCUGCAUUUGAGGAAUACCUUGGAUAUGUGCUGGAGAAAGUGUUUGCCGAUGCUGAAGGCAAAACAUGGGUCUAUGAUGAGAUG